AUCAUCAUCUACUGUACGAGAACUCAAUACCCAUCAGCAACCAGCAAACAUGCCAGAACUCGCUGUAGGAAUCAAUGGCUUCGGUCGCAUCGGUCGUCUGGUCCUGAGGGCUUGCCUCCAGAAGGGCAUCCAGGUCGUGGCCAUCAACGACCCUUUCAUCGACGUGGAGUACAUGGUCUACAUGUUCAAGUAUGACUCCACCCACGGCCGCUACAAGGGAGAGGUCUCCUACGAGGACGGCAAGCUCAUCGUUGACGGAAAGCCCAUCUCUGUCUUCCAGUGUAUGAAGCCAGCAGAGAUCCCAUGGGGGGACUCUGGAGCGCUGUACGUGGUCGAGUCCACUGGAGUCUUCCUGACCGUUGACAAGGCAAAUGCUCAUGUCCAGGGCGGGGCUAAGCGCGUGGUGGUGUCUGCGCCGUCCCCCGACGCCCCCAUGUUCGUCAUGGGCGUCAACGAGGACAAGUACGACCCCUCCUCCAUGACCAUCGUCAGUAACGCCUCGUGCACCACCAACUGCCUGGCGCCACUCGCUAAAGUCAUCAACGACAACUUCGGCAUCGACGAGGCUCUAAUGACCACAGUGCACGCCUACACCGCCACCCAGAAGACCGUGGACGGGCCCAGCAGCAAGGCCUGGCGCGACGGGCGCACCGCCGCCCAGAACAUCAUCCCAGCCUCCACCGGCGCCGCCAAGGCCGUGGGCAAGGUCAUCCCCGAGCUCAACGGGAAGCUGACCGGCAUGGCGUUCAGGGUGCCAGUGGCUGAUGUGUCCGUGGUGGACCUGACGUGCCGUCUGACCCGGCCCGCGACCUACAGCCAGAUCAAGGAGGCCGUGAAGAAGGCCUCAGAAGGGCCCCUGAAGGGCGUGCUGGGCUACACCGAAGACCAGGUGGUGUCCUCUGACUUCAUCGGUGACACCCACUCCUCCAUCUUUGAUGCCGGUGCAGGGAUCUCUCUGAACGACAACUUUGUCAAGCUUAUUUCCUGGUACGACAAUGAGUUUGGCUACAGCCACCGCGUGGCCGACCUGCUGCUGUACAUGCACUCCAAGGAGUAGACCCUCCCAGCAGCCGAGGAAGGCAGCCAUGGACUGGCCCAUGUAACAUCCACCCCCCCCCCUCCCCAACCUCACACACACACACAUUGACCCAUUGACAAGCCCCAUAGCACUGCUACUGGAGUAGGGGGCCGUUGAUACGUCACUCUGUUGUCAAACGUUUAGUUUCUGUUUUCUUUGCUGAUUAGGCGGUGAGCCAGUGGAAGUGUUUCUUGUGUCUGUGUGCCUCUCCGAGUCCAGCUGUCUCUCUUUAAGUGUUUAAGUUGUUAUGGCAGAUUAACAUCCAAACUACCGUACCCAUCCAUGUCCCCUAUCGAUGUGCACUGACGGCUGAGUGGAAGGAGGAGACGCGUGUGCUAAGGAGCUUCUGUGUUGUUGCUGAGAGUAACGAGAAUGAAAAAAUAAAAAUUGUGAAACACUGAACUCUUCUUUUAUGCGGGCU